UUUGCCCCGCAGUUUGGCGAGGACACGUUCAACCGGGCCAAGCUGCUCAACGUGGGGUUCCUGGAGGCCCUCAAGGAUGACCAGGAGUAUGACUGCUUCAUCUUCAGCGACGUGGACCUCAUCCCCAUGGACGACCGCAAUCUCUACCGCUGCUACGAGCAGCCGCGGCACUUUGCCGUUGGCAUGGACAAGUUUGGGUUCAGGCUGCCCUAUGCUGGCUACUUCGGCGGUGUCUCUGGCCUGAGCAAGUCCCAGUUCCUGAAGAUCAACGGCUUUCCCAACGAGUACUGGGGCUGGGGAGGAGAGGACGAUGACAUCUUCAACCGUAUCUCCCUGAACGGCAUGAAGGUGUCGAGGCCCGACAUCCGCAUCGGGAGGUAUCGCAUGAUCAAGCACGAACGCGACAAAUACAACGAGCCCAACCCGCAGAGGUGA